CAUGCCCCGCCCCUUGUCAGUCUAGCGGCGAAAUGCGGAGCGCGAUGGACUACUGCGUCUAAUAGCCAAAGAUCCGGUGGACCGAGGCGAAUGGACGUAUAUCUCCCGUCAUUCACGAACAGAUUUCUUCAUUAUUUCGCGCGUCGGUAGCGUUCAAAAUGCCUUUUCCACCGAUAAACCUGCACUCGCGGAUAUCGUCGCCUAGAAAGGAGCUGUUCAGGAAAAAGAAGAGCAGGGACAACGUCGCGCCUCCUCAAGCCACGUUCAGUCAAAGGACGGGAGACGACAAGGGAUCGGAGAAAGAUAAACUGUCCACAUCGUGGCCCUCAGCCAAUCUAAAGCAGCUGGGACGAAGCAAGCCGACCAGAGUCCCUCCGGAUCCCGAGACGGACAGCAAACAUUCAUGGCUGAGCGUCCCCAAACCCUUGGCUACCUCAUGCGAAAGCGUCCCGCGGUCCAGUUCUGGAGAGUCCAGCCAUAAAUACGCCUCGAGGACCUCUCUAGCAAAAGAAGAAGGCGAACAAGAGAUCCACUUCUCCCUCAGCCUGACCCCCGAAGCCAUCCUGGUCAUCCAAAAGCGCAAUCUGGAAAAGCAGAUGAUGGCCAAGCAACAGAAGUGCUGCGCUUCCGCGGACUUGAGGCACCGGCGCGUUUUCCCAUCCAAGAGAGCUCAGGGCAGCUCCAGCAAUAAGAGCUCCGGACCUGUUGCCAAAUUGGACGGUUCCAAUGACAUUAGCACAAUUGUGAAGAUCUCCCUCCUCAACGAUCAGUACAAGUAUGACGACGUAGAGUACGAGGAGGAGGAUGGAGACGUGGACGAGACUGUCAUGAGGAAAUGCAAAGAGUGGCUCAAAGGUGUGGAAAGCGCCGCUGCUUUUGGGAAAGUGGAUAAACUGUCAUCUCUGCCUCACCUUAAGAGCUGAUAUCCCAAACUAGGCCUACUUCAUUUCACAACGAAAGGUCCACUGUGAAGACUCACGUUCGCGAGUUAUGUGUCAAACACAAGUCACCCAAUUUGCUUUUAGAAAUAACGUCGUUUAAAGGGUCGUUCGCACAGAACGCGUUCUUGCGUUCUCGGACGGAGCGCGCUGUAAUAUAGAAUACUGAGACGCCUUUGUAAAGCUGAUUAUUUUCAAGUGGACGUGCGCGCUUGGCGCGUGUAGAAAGAGCAGCGAUUGGAUAAAACGGCGCAGAACGCGUCCCGCACGCAAACACCUGAAGAGCGCGACAGUGAACUGCUUUUAACUUCUCCGCGCGACUUAAAAUCUCGGCACGUUUACUCACCAGGCGCUUAAAAACAAAACGCGUCGCAAUGUUUACAUAAAAUGCCUGACCAAAACAUAGAGGAUUUAACGCGAGAAGGCGUUACGCGUGAACUUAGAAUGGAACGGAACGCAGCGGCGUUCUAAAAAGAUUGAAUGUUUUCACGUCGACGCGCCGUUUAAACCCGAGCGCGCGAGACGCGAUGCACUUCCGAACGCAAGAACGCGUCCUUCACGUACGCAUACUCCGCUUUCUUAACAGACUGACUGGAAUGUUUUUUUCCCUGCGUUGAGAGGUGUUGCUGAUCACUCAGUGAAUUUUUUGCAGGUUACCUUUACGCGUUGACUGAGAAGCGGUGGUGUUUUUGCACAUUGCUGUUGUUUUCACUUUGGUGGGCUGAACGACAGACUCGUUUGUUUCGAUCUGUGGAAGUGAUGCGGAGAAGAGGAUGUGGACGUCGACCGGUGAAACGCAUCCAGAGGACGCGGUCCUUCCUUUGUGCCAGAAAACAAUAGCCGUCGAGGCGACGCUGUCUGAAAGCCUUAGAAUAGACACUUAAUAUCUGAGAACUGUUCAAAGUUUGUGUGUAAUAUGGACUCGGUGACUGUUUGAUCGACGAACCAGCCGUGUACAGUAUUUAUUUUGCAACGUGGAGGUGUGUUUAUAUGCUGUGUGUUGUUCCCAAGUCAUUUUUAAGGGUUCUGAUAAUAAAAAAAGAAAAGACA